CAGUAGAGGCGUCCCCCCAGAAUCCUUUGCGGUGGCUCGAGAUGGCCGCGUCUAGUGGCUCCGCAAGCGACUUGGAGAGCAGCAGCAGCGAUGCAGAGGAGCUGGCAAGGUGCCGCGAAGCGGCGAUGCCAGCCUGGGGCUUGGAGCAGCGCCCGAGCGUGCCGGAGAAGCCAAGGGCCGGUAGGGACUGUGUUCAGGGAGCCUGGCCGAAAGGUGCCGCAAAUAAUCAGUUGCCAGCUACCCAGCUAAGCCUCAGGCGUAAGGUGGAUGAACACGAUCAAGAUGGCAACGAGCUUCAGACCACCCCCGAAUUCCGAGCCCACAUAGCCAAGAAGCUGGGAGCCCUCCUCGACAGCUCCAUUUUCAUCUCAGAAGUAGUGAAGGAGCCAACAAAGGCUGAGGUACAGAGAGUCACCCCAGAGGAUGACGGCUUCCGCCUUUUCUUCACAUCCAUCCCUGGAGGUCCUAAGGAGAAAGUUCCUCCCCAGCCCCGCAGGAAGCGAUUACCUUCCAGCUCCAGCAGUGAGGACAGUGAGGAGGAGUGGCAGCGGUGCCGGGAGGCAGCUGUGUCCGCCUCCGACCUUCUCCAGGAGUCCGCCCUCCACGGCCCUGUCCCAGUGGGAAACCAGGCAAAGAGGAAGAAAAGGAAGUCGACAGAGAAAGCGAAGAAGGACAUCAGCGCUGACGUGCCCACUGCCACUACCACCACAAGCGGGAUCACAGUGGGGAAGCAGGAAAAGGGGUCACCCGAGCUCUGCCGAGACCCGGCGUCAUUUGGAACCAAAAAGAAGAAAAGGAAGAAAAAAACAAAGGCCAGUGAGGUUUCCCUAUCCCCACCAGCCAAGAGAGCGGCAGCUGUGCCUACAAACUGACCCCAGCUGUGGGCACAGGGCCGACUAGCCCUCAGCACGAGGCACCCACUGGGGACAAGGCACUUCCAAGCCCAGACUCUACCCAUGAUUAGGGCUUGCCCAGCAGUCUGGGCAAAGACGUGGUGGUAGGGCAAGAAGCCUCAGCAAGGCCUGCCCUUCUGUGCUCCCACUGUGGGCUGGACGGACCUGUGGUACCAGAACAUUCCUUGGCCUAAGGAAGAAGGAGUCUUCCAGUUACUCAAGACUGAUGGCCAAGUGGCAAAGCUUCAUCUUCCCAGGAUUGUCUGAGAAGAGCAAGUGAAGGGGGACCUUUCCCUUCCCCUCCACCUCAGCCUGUAUGGGAGACAAACUUAGAACGAGGGAAGGGGUCCCCGAGACGCCAAAGCCCAGAAAGAGUUUUGUACUUCUCCCUCCAGGUCUGUGUGUUCCCUCUAAGUUUCCAGAAUUUUCUUUCUCCAUAUUUGUGAAUAUACCAUGCACAAUCAUGUGUCUACACCAGCCAGAUUAUCAAAAAUAAAUUGUUGAGAAAACCAAAAUGAAA